GUUCCUGUGUACGAAAUGUUUAAAAAGGUGUUUGUUAGUAUACGAACUGACGGUGCAGGAAAACAACAAACACAGGUGUACGAAGUGCCCCACGAGGCGGACCUCCAUGUGGCCGGGUGUGUCUCCUCCUCCAACAUGGACGUGUACACCAACAUAUGCUCCAGGCUCCACGCCCCCCACGUCUCCUCCAGCGCCACCCUCCUCGCUGAGGCUGUCCACAAUACCGGACUCUUCCAGAAUGAGAUUCCUCAUCUUUUGGAUGCUCAUGUGGGUGAUGUAAAUACUUUACUAAACAAUGGAAAAACCAGGGAAGAUGGGGUGAAGCUUUUACUUGCCUUGGUGAAUCAGUGUCCCCGACGUCUGCUGGCCACACAAGGGGAGAGAUGGUUCCGCUUUUCUGGUCAGGUUGUGAGCUCGGUUCAUGGUGCAAGAGCAAAGACUAAUGCCUGUCAGGUUAUGACCAUCAUCCUCAAGAGCCUGCCCUAUAUCCCUGAGCUACAGAGGUCUGUGCUCUCUAAGCCAGCAGCUCCUCUGGUGCUGGUGUUGGCUGCUGCGGAUUCCUUGUGGAAUUGUGCAGCACUGGAGUGUUUAUAUGAAUAUCUAAAGCUGAACCCUGGUCAGUGCUUACCUCACAAGAUGGCUCUCGAGGAGCAUGUCAUUAGGUACUUGGACAGCCCUCUGACAAGAGUGGGCCAGAGGGAUGCAGUGUUCUUGGCAGGGCAAGUGUUUGCUGCGUUGCCACUACCGGGUGUGGGCGGCAGCGGAAGUCAGGGACGGGCCGAGGCCAGGGGUCGGCAGCUUGCCCACCUCUUGGCUCUCUCCCACAGUCUCAUGGAUUACCUCUUCGAUGGAAUUGUAGAGAAAGAGAACUAUGAACACACAAGAGAGUACAGCUUACACCUCGCACCUCUGGAAUCACCAGGAGAAAUCAACACAGAUCCUCUCAAAACACAUUUGGCUGCCGUGACUCGACUUGUGAAUUCUUUAAAGUUUAUUGCGGAGAUGAUCACUUCAGAUGCUAAUGAGUCCGUAACAGUUGUUCCUCUUGACCUGUUGGGUGUAAUUUUCAGGUUGCUGCAGGUGGAUCUUCCAUCGCUGGCCAAAUACCGAAGUCAAGAGCACAAGCUGCUAGCCUUUCUAGUACCAUCUCUACACCAACACUGCUUGCUGCUGCUCAGGGAUGUGUUGUUAAGCAUCGGUGAAAGUGUUGACAUGUACUUUGGAGUGAUUGCUGAUCAUCUUCUCUCUACCAUAAAGACAACCGUAAUACCCAACCAACCAGGAUGGGGUACAAGUGGUCAACAGAUGAGGAUCAUGGCAUAUUCUCUCAUGUCUACCGUUAUACAAGUGUCUAGCGGUAGACAUAAGCCAGACCCUCAGUUGAUCAGUGUGGUCCUUCAAGAUGUGACGCCCAAGAGCCAGACGGUUACAUUACAGAGCAAGCAGAAAAAAGGCCUGAGUUCCCUGAUGUUAUCCAAGAAGAAGAGUAAGAAGAAGGGGUACACAGUGACCGUUGCAGACUCCGUCAGCCAAGCAGGGCUCCUGCCUCGUAUUGAAUGCUUCUCUCGUGCAGCUCGAGUUGGGCUCAGCCUAAUUGAAACUUUGUUCACUUAUGCUAGUCAUUCUAUGACGCUGAAAACUCAGCAGUCACUUCAGACAAGUGUGAUGGCUGUGACUGCGACUGUGGCAGGAGCCACUAGAAUACCUGUUAUUUAUGAGGAUGGUAAAACUAGAGCGCAGCUGUUUAAAACUCUGGCCAGUAUAGCAACUGUGCCUCACCCAGGAUGUCCUCCGCCAUACACUGUAAUCCUCCACCUUCUUCAGAAGGGACAAAACGACCCGGAUACGUUGGUGGUGUCAACGUGCCAAGCUGCAUUAGGAGGCAUGAGUUUCAUCAUGGCUAACCCACAGGUGUGCUCUUUAGAGCACAGCUCGCACCACCACCCACAUAAUGGUACUGGUAAUGAUGUUGGUGAAGAAGAUGAAUUAAUAAAUUCAAUAGAAGAAGAGCCAGUUGAAGUCAAUAAUAAAAAUACAAUAGAGAAGCCAGAAAAAGAAACAGGAGAGGAAGAGGAGGAGAAGAAUGAGACAGAAGAUGAGAAAGAUGAGACAGAAGAGGAGAAAGAUGAAGCAAAUAUUAGUGAAGAUAUUGAAGUUGAGAAGAUGAUGAUAGAAAAUGAUGUGGAAAAAGAAAUAACUAAGUCUCUUGAAGAGGAACAAGAGGAAGAGGUUGAAGAUAAAGAGAAUGGAGAAAUCAUUAAGGAGACGAGUCAGGUGGGUGUUCCUGACAAAAUAAAAAAUGGAGAUGAGAGAAAUAGCAUUUCCUCUCAUAAGCAGACCAGCCAAGAAGAUCCAGUACCUCGUGGUAAAAGAAGUGCUGCAGAGGAUUCAACUUCACGUAAGAAGCCAAAGCAGAAAGAGAAUAAGAAACCUGUUGAAGCUCCAACUCUUGACGAAAUGUUGGCAUCUUUUGUAGAUUGUGAUCCAGACGAUUAAAUUCUUGAAGAAUUAUACUAUAAAUAUUUUUGUUCAGGACGUGAUCCUUUGUACCUGCCAUCCUACGUUAUUAAAAUUAUGGAUUAUAAAUAAAACAUUUUAUUAAA